AGAAACCGACAACAUGUGGAAUGAAAGAGUAGUAGUUUUAUAUUAAACGAACGGUGUUGAUAGGGGAAAAAGUAAAAGAGAGCUUCAUCUGAGUCGUCUCCCUUUCUCCACUCUUCUCCAACGUCCGAUCUUCUUCUCCUUCAAUCCCUCCAUUCCCUUCUUCUCGCGCCUAAUUUUACAUAUCCCCAGGUAUGGCAGAUGGACAAGGUUCAUCUAGGUCACCUCCGAGUCCUAAUGGAGGUGGUAGUCACGAGAGCGGUGGGGACCAGAGCCCUAGGUCUAACGUACGUGAACAGGACAGGUUUCUACCUAUUGCUAAUAUUAGUCGAAUCAUGAAGAAGGCUUUACCUGCUAAUGGAAAAAUUGCUAAGGAUGCUAAGGAGACUGUUCAGGAAUGUGUUUCUGAGUUCAUUAGCUUCAUCACCAGCGAGGCAAGUGACAAGUGCCAGAGAGAGAAAAGAAAGACUAUUAAUGGUGAUGAUUUGCUAUGGGCAAUGGCAACUCUUGGGUUUGAAGAUUAUAUUGACCCACUCAAGGUGUAUCUUGCUCGGUACAGAGAGAUGGAGGGUGACACAAAGGGGUCGGCAAAGGCUGCUGAUGGCUCUACUAAGAGAGAUGGGAUGCAACCUGGUCCUAAUUCACAGCUUGCACAUCAAGGUUCAUUCUCCCAAGGAAUGAAUUAUGGGAACUCUCAGGGUCAGCAUAUGAUGGUCCCGAUGCAAGGGCCAGACUAGCCCGGUUGUCUUUGCUCUGUUUGAGAUGGUUGGACUUAAAGCAUAUUCUAUAUAUAGAUCCUCCGUUGUAAGCUCUGCAUCAUGGUCGAUUUAUUUUAGUGCUCUCCAGUCAGGGCCAUGUCAUAGUUAAAUUUGUAAAUUUAGGAGAUGUUCAAUAUAGACCUGAUUGUUUGUAGUAAUAAGGAGAACCAUUACCUAGUAUUUCAUUUUUACCUCAUGUCAAUUGCAGGAUGUUGAUCCGUUUUGGAUGUUAAAUAUUGCCGUUUUAUUUUUCUUCUAGACUCUAUUGGUAAUUCUAAGGUCGUAUUUAAGAAAAGAUGAUUUCUGGAA